CCGUUGUUUCUUCACGGUCUCAUCACAAAUCACGAGCUUCUGAAGAGUGAUGCAAAACGAACCAUGGCUUCGUCCCAUGGUAGUUCCCUGUCUCCACCCGAAAUCCCGAUGGAGCUUCACGCAGAGAAUCGAGGAAAACUCGUUCAGUCUCUUCGCCAAUUUUUGACCUCCUCGUCUUGGCCGCUUCAUGGUUUCGUCUUUCUGCAAGGUGGCGAGGAGCAAACACGUUACUGCACCGAUCAUGCUGAGUUAUUUAGGCAGGAGAGUUAUUUUGCUUACUUGUUUGGAGUGAGGGAGCCUGGUUUCUACGGAGCCAUUGACAUUGCGACUGGGGAAUCAAUUUUGUUCGCUCCAAGAUUGAGUGCUGAUUAUGCUGUUUGGUUGGGGGAAAUAAAGCCAUUAGCAUACUUCAAGGAAAGAUACAUGGUCAGCAUGGUUUGCUAUACCGAUGAGAUUGUGGAAGUUCUAUAUGACCAUUAUGGAGGACCAGGAAAGCCUUUACUGUUUCUUUUGCAUGGGCUUAACACUGAUAGCAAUAAGUUCUCAAAGCCUGCAGAGCUUGAGGACAUGGAGAAAUUUGAGACUGAUUUAAGGAUACUACAUCCCAUUUUGACUGAGUGCCGCAUUUUUAAGUCCGACUUGGAGCUUGCCCUCAUUCAGUAUGCCAAUGAUGUAAGCUCAGAAGCUCAUAUCGAGGUUAUGAGGAAAACGAGAGCGGGAAUGAAAGAAUAUCAGUUAGAGAGCAUAUUUCUUCAUCAUAUUUACAUGUAUGGUGGUUGUAGGCAUUGCUCGUACACAUGCAUAUGUGCUACUGGUGACAAUAGUUCUGUUCUACAUUAUGGGCAUGCAGCUGCACCAAAUGACAAGACUUUAAAUGAUGGAGAUAUGGCAUUGCUAGAUAUGGGGGCUGAAUACCAUUUUUAUGGUUCUGACAUAACAUGUUCAUUCCCUGUCAAUGGGAAGUUUACAAGUGAUCAAUGCCUUAUUUACAAUGCUGUUCUUGAGGCCCACAAUGCUGUCAUAUCUACAAUGAAACCUGGAGUAAGCUGGGUAGAUAUGCAUAAAUUAGCUGAGAAAAUUACUCUUCAAUCACUGAAGACAGGGGGCAUCGUUGUUGGUGAUGUUGAUGAAAUGAUGAUUGAAAGAUUGGGUGCAGUCUUCAUGCCUCAUGGUCUGGGGCAUUUGUUGGGCAUUGACACCCAUGAUCCAGGAGGCUAUGCUACGGGAAUGGAGAGGCCCAAAGAACCAGGAUUAAGAUCCCUGCGUACAGUUAGAGAACUCCAAGAGGGCAUGGUAAUAACAGUCGAGCCUGGAUGCUAUUUCAUUGAUGCCUUACUGGUCCCAGCGAUGGAGAGUUUAAAUACAUCAAAGUUCUUUAAUCGUGAAGCGAUUACCAAAUACAGAAGCUUUGGUGGUGUCCGGAUAGAAAGUGAUGUGCAUGUUACGUCCAAUGGUUGCAAGAAUCUCACAAAGUGUCCCCGGGAGAUAUGGGAGAUUGAAGCAGUGAUGGCAGGUGCACCAUGGCCGUUGGACAAUAGAUCUUAAUGCUGAUAAUAAUGGAGAAGGAAAGUCUGUCAGCAACCAGUAAUUUACCCUUUCUUGAGGGGAAUAUGCAGUGAAAGGAAGGUUUCUAACUAUCCUGUUUUAGGCCUCAUCCUCUCCUGAUUCAUGUCCAUGUGGAUUCUUUUCUACUUGGGUAACCACUUACCCUUUAAUAUUGUUUCAGAAGUACAGAAUUAUACUAUAAUUCUCUGUUUUGUAAGACUCCA